AUGGAGCAGGUGAAAAUCCUCGCUCUGUACGAAAAUCACGACAUCGUGCUGCUGAACGCGGAGAACGAGCGAUGCGAAAACAAAUUCGAGGCCCCCGUGAAGGACGCGGAGAAGAAGAUCUGCCAGCUCAGAAAUGGGAGCUUCCUCCUGCUCAGCGUGAAUAAAAAAGUGGUCUCCAAAUAUGUCUGCACGAAGAGUGCCCCCAUUUCGACUAAGCACAUGCGCGUACAGUUGAAUGUUAUCAGGCUCACGAACAAUGAAAAGGUAAUUAUCGGGGGAGACAAACUUGGGAACGUGUACGUCUGGUCCUCCCUCUCAGGAUUAUUAAUCACUUCCUUCCAAGCGCAUUACGGCAUCAUUAAGGAUAUCAUAAUUGACCAGAUAGCCAACGUCCUCUACACCUACAGUGAUGACAAUAUCGUUCAUGUGUACAAUUUACCUGACCUGUUCAGAAAAAAAAAAAAUAUAACUCCAUUUCUACGCUAUCAGCACAGCAUAAAUGCAACAAUAACUCAGAUUCUUUCAGUGACGCCAAAUGUGUACGGCUCGUACUACUCCUUAGUGACACUUACUAGCAAUGGGACGCUACAUGUGUGGGGAUUGAAGACCAAGGAACCAACUCACAUUUUGAAGACGAGCUCGGAGAACUGCACAUACAUUUGCACGAAUGACCCCUUCAACACGCAUUUGUAUCUGUGCAGAGGGAACAAAAUAUUUCGAAUUCCCUUCUCCCAGUUUGACCAAAGGGAGGCAGAUUCUUCUCCUCAAGUGAGUCAGGGUGUCUACCCUGAAGAACGACGCGCGGAGGAAAAACUAGCCGCCUAUGGCGACUACGUUGAGGUUGAGGUGAGAAAUGGGGAGCACAAUGAAGCUCAGCUGCAGGGAAGUAGUUCCCGAAAAUGCCACUCAAAGGUGAAUUUCCAAAAAUGCCACUCCCAAGUGAACCUCCAAAAAUGCACGACCUUCGUUGGACACAGAAGCCAAGUAAUCAAAUGCCACGUAAAUAACAAAAGGGAAAACAUGGUGUCCCUAGCGAGGGAUGGAAUAAAGAUAUGGGACCUCUUCCACUGCUACGCUGUGAAGACACUGAAAUAUGGAGAAAACAUAAUUGACUUUUUUGUUCCACCUGUUGGUAAGCACUCCAUGUAUGGUUCGUGCUACUUUAUGGAGUUCCCUCACCUGCUCCUCGAAUGUGAAGAUGAUGUCAAGGUGCAUAACGUGGACUAUUUUGACCACGUCGCUCCUGAUGCCUUUGCGGGUGGCAGUUACAGUGGUUACCUCUCAGACCGAGAUGAAAGUUUGCUACUUCAAAUGGGAGCCAUCUUCGACGGGCUGGAAGAUUGA